AUGGGUUACACGCGGCACGAACAACACGUGUACCCAGAGGCUAUAUUUAAAGGGAGAUACCGUUGCUAUUUAAAGUCUCUAAACAACAACUUUAUUGGUCAUAACAAGUUCCUUGUAAUUUAUGCAAUUAUGGAGAAAGCGUUCACCUCUUUUCUCUUAACUUCCUUGUUGCUUCACUAUGUUAUGGCUAGUUCAGGCAUGACCAAAACCAACAUUACUACUGAUCAAUUGGCUCUUUUUACACUGAAAUCCCAAAUCGUUUCAGACCCCUUUCAUUUCUUGGAUGAAAGUUGGUCUUUCACUACGUCCGUUUGCCAUUGGGUUGGAGUCACUUGUGGCUCUCACCACCAGAGAGUGAACUCCUUGAAUCUGAAUUUCAAUUCCAUAGAGGGCCAGAUACCAAAAGUGAUUGGAAACCUAAGAGAAUUAAAGUUGAGGGGUAACAAUCUCAUAGGCUCUAUUCCUCUGUCGCUCUCGAAUGCCUCAAGGUUGGAGACUUUAGAUAUAUCUUAUAAUUCACUUCAAAGAAACAUUCCAGAAGAGAUUGGCAAUCUUCACAACAUGAAAGUUCUAUCCAUACAAGAUAAUCAACUUACGGGUUCUAUACCUUUCAUAAUUUUCAAUAUUUCUAGAAUUGAAGUCAUUGCAUUUAGUGGCAAUAGCUUCUCAGGAUAUCUUCCCUAUGGUUUAUGCAAUGGUCUCCCAACACUCAAAGGGCUAUAUUUAUGGAAAAACAAGCUUUGCGAUCAUAUGCCUACAAGUUUGUCGAAUUAUUCACAACUUCAAAUUUUGGCUUUACCGGAUAAUGAGUUUGGUGGACCAAUGCAUAGUGAAUUUGGAGGACUGAUUAACUUAAAGAUAUUAGAACUCGGAAUGAACCGUUUAACUGGCCCAAAAUUAACAACUCUAGCUCUAUAUUUGAAUCCUCUAAACCGCAUACUUCCUUCCUCCGCGGGGAACCUUUCCACAUCUUUGAGAACAUUUGUUGCCUACAGUUGUAAGAUCAAAGGGAGAAUUCCAAAUGAAUUUGGGAACUUAAGCAGCUUAUUAGACCUUAAUCUUUUAGCAAACAGCUUGGCUGGAUCGAUUCCCACAACAAUUGGCAACUUGAGAAACCUUCAGCGCUUCAACUUGAGUAACAACAAACUUAAAGGAUUUAUUGGUGAUCAUAUAUGUAAAUUGCAGCAUUUGGGUGAUAUUUACUUGGGUCGAAAUCAACUUUCAGGAUCUCUUCCUAACUGUUUAGGGAAUAUUACUAUCCUUAGGGAGAUACAUCUGGGUUCCAAUAAAUUGAGUUCCAAUAUACCACCAAGCUUAGGGAACAUUCUAGAUCUAGUGGUUUUUGACUUAUCGUCAAACAACAUGGCAGGUUCUUUACCUCUAGAAAUUGGAAAUCUAAAGGCAGUGACACUGAUAGAUCUGUCAAUGAAUAAAUUUUCAAAUAGAAUUCCAAGAGAAAUUGGAGGAUUGCAGAAUCUGGCACACCUUUCUUUGAGACGCAAUAAGUUGCAAGGAGCUAUACCUGACUCAAUGAGAAACACGGUAAGUUUGGAAUUCCUAGAUCUUUCUCAUAACAAUAUAUCUGGAAUUAUUCCUAAGUUUUUGGAGAAACUUCAAAACCUGAAGUAUUUCAAUGUUUCUUUCAAUAAAUUGUAUGGUGAAACACCCUCGGGAGGUCCUUUAAAGAACCUCUCGAGUCAGUUUUUCAUCUACAAUGAAGCAUUGUGUGGGUCUUCAAGUUUUGGUGUCCCUCCAUGCCCCACUUCAUCAAAGCAUAGAUCUAAUAGCGAUAGUAAUCGGAUUGGUUCCGGAAGUUUUGGCUCUGUUUACAAAGGCGUUCUCAGAAGUGGAACUGCUAUUGCAUUUAAAGUGUUCAAUCUGCAACUAGAUGCGGCAUUCAAGAGCUUUGAUACAGAAUGUGAAGUUCUGUGCAGCCUUCGCCAUAGGAUAAUCUCGUAA